CCCAUUCUUUCUGUUUUUUUGAGGGGGUUUGAUCUGCAGGGGAUUCUUCAGGAUGAUCCUCCUGUUUACAGCCACCUUCACCAUCCUUGUGCUCUCAUCCCUGGACCAGGUGGAUUCUUCAGCUUAUGACAAGAUAGUGUCACACAGUCGCAUCAGGGCAAAGAAUGAAGGGCCCAAUGUGUGCGCUUUACAGCAGGUCAUGGGGACCAAAAAGAAGUACUUCAGCACAUGUAGGAACUGGUACAAGAAAUCCAUCUGUGGCAAAAAAGCGAUUGUCUUAUAUGAGUGCUGCCCGGGCUACAUGAAGUUAGAAGGGAAACGUGGGUGCCCUGCAGUGGCCCCCAUUGACAGCGUUUAUGGCACCUUGGAUCUGGUAAAAGCCAAAACCACUCAGCAAUAUGCAGAUCAAUCCAAACUGAGGGAAGAAAUUGCGGGAGCAGGAUCUUAUACGAUGUUUGCGCCCAGUGACGAUGCCUGGGAAGAGUUAGAUCCUGCAUCGAAGGCUGCUGUGAUCAGCAGUGGAAACACUGAGCUUUACAAUGCACUUCAUUAUCACAUGGUCAACAAACGGUUUCUCACCAAGGACCUGAAGAAUGAUAUGACCCUGGAGUCCAUGUUUAACAAAGAGGGCCUCCAUAUCAAUCACUACUCCAAUGGAGUUGUCACUGUGAACUGUGCCAGGAUCAUUCAUGGCAAUCAGGUGGCCACUAAUGGAGUUGUGCAUGUCAUUGACCGGGUCAUCAGCGUCUUAAGCCAAACAAUCAAAGAUGUGAUUGAAACCAAUGAUGAUCUGUCUUCACUGAGUGGAGUUGUAGUGAGUGCAGAUCUCCAAGACCAGCUUGGUGAGCCUGGACACUACACACUGUUUGCUCCAACCAACGAGGCCUUUGACAAGAUUAACGCUGACGCCCUGGAGAGACUUAUGAGUGACAAAACUGUGAUUCAAGCUCUUUUGAAGUACCACCUCCUGAACUCAGUCCAGUGCUCUGAGGCCAUUAUGGCGGGCUCCAUCUAUGGUACUCUUGAGGGCAGUAAUAUUGAGAUUGGAUGUGAUGGUGAGAGCCUUACGGUCAAUGGAAUCAAGAUGGUGCUCAAGAAAGACAUUGUCACCAGCAAUGGUGUGAUUCAUCUGAUCGACCAGGUGCUCAUGCCUGACUCAGCCAAGCAGGUGAUGGAGCUUGUGGGCAAAUCUCAGAGUGUCUUCAGUGACAUGGUGUCUGAACUCGGUCUUUCUGCCGCGCUGCAGCCUGAGACUGAAUACACUGUACUUGCGCCACUGAACGGAGCCUUCUCUGAUGAGGUCAUGUCCAUGGAUCAGCGUCUCCUCAAGAUCAUUCUGGAAAACCACAUUGUGAAACUAAAGGUCUCUCUGAGAGACCUGUACAACGGCCAGCUGCUCGAGACGCUCGGAGGGAAAAUGCUUAGAGUCUUCAUAUAUCGCACGGCUGUGUGUGUUGAGAACGCCUGUAUGGUUCGUGGUAGUAGAGAAGGCAGUAAUGGAGCUCUUCAUCUCAUGAGUUCACUGAUCCAGAUGCCUGAAACAACCAUCUAUGAGCUGCUCCUGAAAGAUGGACGCUUCAAAAUCUUCCUGUCUCUGAUGGAGAGUGCUGGACUGACAGAUCUGCUCAAGCAGGAUGGAUCCUACACACUCUUUGCUCCCAUAGAUGCCGCUUUUGGCUCCCUGACAAAGGAAGACAUUGCUCUUUUAAAAAGUGACGUCAAUGUUCUCAGAGCAAUCCUGCUGUAUCACUUCAGCAACGGCAUCUUUAUCAACGGAGGUCUGGAGGGUGGAGUGACCAACCUCCUCAAGACCAUACAGGGAAACAACCUUCAAGUGCUGUCUGUUAACAACUCCAUCCAUGUAAAUUCAGUGGAUGUUCCAGAUUUUGAUCUUAUGGCAUCCAAUGGAGUGGUCCAUGUAGUGAAAACCAUAUUAUAUCCUCAAGAUUUGCCAGUUGGCCGUGAAGACAUAUUGAUUCUGCUGAAGAGACUCAUCAAAUACAUGCAGCUGAAGUUUGUAUCUGGAUACACCUAUCGAGAGAUUCCACUUACAUUCAUCAAGAGGACUAUAACUACUCAUGUUAUUGAGAGAGGUCCUGGGACUACAGUUGAAAGGACUGUUAUUGGAGAACCAAUCAAAGUAACGAGAGUCAUUGAAGGACAGCCAGGAGUUACCAAAGUUACACGAGUCAUUGAAGGAGAUCCAAGUGUUACCAAAGUUACACGAGUUGUUGAAGGACAGCCAGGAGUUACCAAAGUUACACGAGUCAUUGAAGGAGAUCCAAGUGUUACUAAAGUUACACAAGUUGUUGAAGGACAGCCAGGAGUUACCAAAGUUACACGAGUCAUUGAAGGAGAUCCCAGUUUUACAAAAGUAACAAGAGUUGUUGGAGAUUCAAGUCUUACCAAAGUUACAAGAGUUGUUGAAGGAGAUCCACGUUUUACAAAAGUAAUGAGAGUUGUUGAAGGAGAUCCAAGUUUCACCAAAGUUACACGAGUUGUUGGAGAUCCAAGUUUCACCAAAGUUACACGAGUUGUUGAAGGAGAUCCAAGUUUCACCAAAGUUACACGAGUUGUUGGAGAUCCAAGUCUAACCAAAGUUACAAGAGUUGUUGAGGGAGAUCCAAGUUUUACCAAAGUUACAAGAGUGGUUGAAGGAAAGCCAUCUGUUACAAAGGUCACCAGGCUUAUUGAAUCUCACAGUGCCUCAUCUGAUGGUGAAAUUGAUGCUGAGGGAGAAAUCAAGGGAAUCGUGGGUGAUGACAUAAGCAAUGUGCAGAGGUUUCAGAAUGGUGAGGUACACAUCCUGCAAGAAGAAGACAUCAAGCAAAUAACAGAUGCCAUCGCUCAGGGAGGUGGACCAGGGAUCACAACUAUAACUAGAGUAUUAAAACCAGAGCCUCGGGUUGUUGAAAGUGAACCAGGGAUCACCACCUAUACCAGAGUCAUCAAGAAAAAGCCUCAGAUUGUCGAUGGUGCACCAGUGGAAACGACUUUUACUAGAGUAAUUAAACCAGAACCGCAGAUCAUUGAAGGACCCGAUUUCUCAAAGAUUGUAUCUUUGAAGGACAAUCCAGAACUCUUUGAAUCAGAAACAGAGAGAAUCACCAGAAUCAUCAAGGAUGGACGUUCUCGAAAACGAGCCGCCAUUAGACAAGCACAAGGAUCAAGGCGAAGAGCGAGACUGGUCAGACAUCCCACCAAACCCACACAGUGAGAUGAAUGGAGACCCUGAGAUCCAGCUUAAGUGAAUGACAGUGUUGUAGAAGAGUGUGUUUUUGUCCUGAAAAUACACAAUCUGCAUCGAAUGUUUACACAUUACUAUCAAAGUGCAGUGAAAUCUUGGAUUUGUGUGGCAUAUACACCCCACUUCAGGGGUACUUGAAAUGGUGGUGGUUAUAAAAAAAGACAUUGGUGUUUUUUGUUUGUUUUUAAGCUGUUUAUAUUGUUUCUUUGAAUAUAUAUAGUGUAUGAGCCUUGUCAUUGAGCUUGUCGUGAUAUUUUGUGGUGCUUGCAUUCAGAGACAUGAAUGCAUUUUUUAUAUCUUUAAGGAUCAGCAAAGCUUUGGCUGUUGUGUUUAUUUUAAAUUAUGCAGCUUCUCCGUUUGUUUCUGGUUUCUAAGUUCAUUUUUAUGGACAUGUUAAAAAAAUCUUUUUAGAAUUACAUCUCUUAUGACAAUACUUUAUUUUGAAUACAUUUCAAAGUCUCAAUGUAGCAAAAAUAAAUCAGUUUCUGCUUACAACCCUGCUUGUGACUAUUGUAUACCAACAAAUACUGCAGCCUUUGAUUUUUAAUCUUCGCUGUUUAAUAUUUAAUGUGAUUCAUAACACAGUAUAGUCGAUUAUCAUGGGAAAUGUAUGCUUCAACAUCAUCAGUCAUUGUCAUUGAGCACUUAAUAAAUAUAAUGCUAAUGAUGAACCUCAUGAUAAUAGACAUUCACCAACCAGGUGAUUCAUUCUUAAUUUCCACACACACUCUAAUUAAAAAAGAUGAUGUUUGCUGUUCAUUUGGGAAAUGACAAUGUAGUAAAUGAUAAAGCUGGCACUGCAGGGGAAACAUGUACAGUAUGUUGACGUAUGGAUUAUGUAGGAUGUGUGUAGGAUUAUGUAGGAUGGCUGUUUGUAAGGAGUAAAGCUUUUACUUCUUAAUAUAGACAACCUGAAGCCCCAGACCUUAUUGAAAACACAUUGGGACGAUAAACUUGUCAAGUCUUGCAAGUUGCUAUUGCAAGCAUUUUAAAACUGCCUAUCCAAGCCCAGUAAAAAUGUAGGAAAUUGAAUUAGUGAAGUUUCACAAACUAAUUUCGAGAGGAGCACGUGAUAUGAUUGACUGCAGCUGGCCACUCAUCUACAUUCACUAGUAAGCCAAUCAGAUUAACCCCAAAUCACUAUAAGUAGCCUAGCUAGAACUACUCUCUUAUAUUCGUUUUCCGAAGCUCUCGAGAACCACCUGAUCUCGUACUCCCCAUAUGCUGUAUGGACCAGGCGGGAGCCCUGGGCUCACCUAUCUUCGAGCUCAGGGUUCUCUCCCUGGACAGCAUGCCAAACCUGCUAACAGUUGUCAAGCAAUAUCUAAGUGUAAACUCUUUAAAUGAGAAUUAAACAGUCAUUAUUGAAGAUUGUUUCCAUCCCUUCAAUAUAAAAUUUCAGCUUUUGCCAUCAAAAAGACGUUUUAGGCAAUCUCAAAUAAAGAACAAUGUGUGUCAAAAGUAGAAUAGGGUUAAUUAUGAUUUAUGUGAUAAUAUUGAUUGUAUUUGCUUGUUUUAUAUGUGUGAUGUGGUUGCUGAUGUAGUUGUGUAGUGAAGCCAAAGAUAAAUUUCCACUUGUGGACAAUAAAGGAUGACGUACAAUUUAA